GUCAAAACACUGAUGACGGCAGCAUCGACGCUUCGAGUGGGCUUUAUUGGCGCAGGCAUCAUGGGGAAGAGCAUGUGUGGGCACAUCUUGAGUGGAGGGUACCCCGUGACGACUUUCAGCCGCACGUCGUCAAAGUGUCAAUCGCUUGUAGACAGAGGCGCGGUGCUGGCCACGACACCGGCAGAAGUCGCACGACAAUCGGAUAUCGUCUUUACGAUUGUGGGGUACCCUAGCGACGUGCGCCAGGUCAUCUUGGGCGAACAUGGAGUGUUGUCGACGAUGCAGCCGGGUGGAAUCAUUGUGGACAUGACGACGAGCGAACCGAGCCUGGCCAAGGAGAUCUUUGACCAGGCUCAACGCCAGGGCGUGUCUUCCAUCGAUGCGCCGGUGUCGGGUGGAGAUGUUGGCGCAAGGGAGGCCACGUUGUCCAUCAUGGCAGGCGGCGACGUCGACACCAUCGCGCGUGUCCUGCCGCUGCUCAAGCUCAUGGGCAAGAACAUCCGACACAUGGGCGGGGCCGGCGCCGGUCAACACACCAAGAUGGUCAACCAGAUCCUGAUUGCGACCAACAUGAUUGGGGUCGUGGAAGGUCUGUUGUAUGCGUACAAGAGCGGGUUGAACCUGGACGAAGCCAUCGCGGCCGUCGGCGCCGGGGCGGCGGGCUCGUGGUCCAUCAACAACCUCGGGCCACGCAUCGCCAAGCGCGACUUCAACCCUGGGUUCAUGGUGGAACAUUUUCUCAAGGACUUGGGCAUUGCGCUCAAGGAAUCCCAGGCCAUGGGUCUGUCGUUGCCUGGGCUGGCGCUGGCCAACCAGUUGUUUGUUGCGGUGCAGAGUCAAGCAAACGGCGGCCGCCUUGGCACCCAAGCGCUCAUGUUGGCCUUGGAAAAGCUCAACGACAUCCACUCGUAAUGGGAAACUUGCACGACAUGUACAUGUUGACAUGGUGUCAGUUGAGACACCACACUUUGUUGUUCGAAUAUGUACUGUAUAUAUUCUGCCAAUAAACCACCUUGCAAAUGAGUACAAGAUGCCGUUGUCGGUGUACUGUGGGCAUGAUAAUGUGAUCUGUAACGGAUAUGAAAGCGAAUUCGUGUUCGUG